AUGGCAACCACGGCUGUGUGCGUGCUGACGGGCAAGCCGGUGCAGGGCACCAUCUACUUCCAGCAGAAGGGAAAUGGGCCAGUCGUGGUGUCAGGAUCCAUUACAAGAUUGACUGAAGGCGAUCAUGGAGUCCAAGUCCAUCAAUUUGGAGACAGUACACAAGGCUGUACCAGUGCAGGUCUUCACUUUAAUCCCUUCUCCAAAACACAUGGUGGGCCAGAGGUUCAAGAGAGGCGAGUUGGAGACCUGGGCAAUGUGACUGCUAGCAAAGAUGGUGUGGCCAUUAUGCCUAUUGAAGAUUCUUUGAUCUCACUCUCAGGAGACCAUUCUGUCAUUGGCCAUACAAUGGAGGUCCAUGGAACACCAGAUGACUUGGCCAAAGGUGGAAAGGAAGAAAGUACAAAGACAGGAAACACUGGAAGUUGUUUGCCCUGUAGUGUAAUUGGGAUGGCCCAAUAAACAUU